UUUUAUAUUAGGUUAACGAGAUUGCUCUUCGAUAUUUUUUUACUUUAAAUAUUUUUCCUAAUUUCUUCACGAAUAGGCGCACAUUCGUUAAAUUUAAAUCCUACGAUAUAGUUCAUCACGCAUAUCCGUUAGAUCGAUUUUUUUUUGUAAAUACAAUUGUCGUAUUAUCGUUAGAGUUAGCGUAAAAGGGUGCUGAGUUUUGUCGUAGAUAAAAAAACAUCGGGACAAAUAACUUCCAUAAUGUAUAUUCUUGUAAAGAUAAUUAAUCUCCAACGUGAGCGAUUAUUGUCUAUCGUAACAUGCACAACUAUCAAUUUCAAUCGAUCAACAUUCUGUGGACGUUAAGUACGCUAAUGGACAAUAAAUUGUUUAUAACAAUUACCUCCGAUAAAUCUGUGCUUCUUACGGCGUGGGUCUCCCAUAGUUUUAUUUGUCAAAAAUAGGAACGUCUAUAAUUAAACUGCCGGCGUGUAGACUGCCGUGGUUUCAGAACCCCGUAAUGCCAGUACCAGAAGUCUACUCGCUAGCACUACACUGUUAUUUCAUUUACCGAUAUUUUCUUCUCAUUCGGAAAAUGGAGUGUUAAUAAAAGAAUUUCUCGCAAACCGAUGCGUUGUUUCAUUUUAUUGUUUUCCUAAUCAGUUUUGCAUUAUUUUUCUCUCAGACUAUGGAAUUAGAAACUACCUGUCCAAUUUGCGGAGACUCCACGAAUGCAACCCUCAAGUGCAGCGGCUGCAAGCUGCAAGUUUACUGCAGCAAGGAUCAUCAGCGACGAGACUGGCCAAGGCACAAGUCAGUCUGUCACGCGUGGGAGAUCCACGAGAACCCUGAACUAGGACGCCAUUUACUGGCGUCGAGGGAUCUGAACCCUGGCGAUGUAAUCCUCUCAGAAUCGCCGCUGGUUUGGGGCCCGUCUCUGCACACGGAUCAAAGGGUUUGCGUGGGUUGUGGUAAACAAUGCAUGUCCAGCAGCGCGAGGUGCACGAUAUGCCUUUGGCCUGCUUGCCAGAUGCACUGUCCCAGUCUUACUGACAAGAAUAGACACGGUUUGGAGUGUUCGUUAUUGGUGAAAGCCAGGAUCGUUCCCAGGUGUGACGUUCUUCUGGUGAUACGUAUGUUAAUACUCUGGCGGAAGAAGUCCAAGACUUGGACAGCUAUAGAAAAAUUAUUGAGCCACGAGGAUUCUCGAGGACCUGGAACAACCGCAUAUGCCGAGGCUCAGGACGUGGUUCGGCACGUUAAACGUUUUCUACCGGAUAGUCCCGAUGGGAAUAGCAUAGUGGAGAAAAUUUGCGGCUUGAUAGACGUUAACGCAUUGGAAACAGUACCACCUGAAGGCUCGGUGGCGAUCUACGAAACGGCGUGCCUCUUGGAGCACUCUUGUCUGGCCAACACGAAACACACUUUUGCAUUUGAUGAUAAGGGAAGACCUCGUAUUACCGUGAAGGCGUUAUGCUUCAUAAAAAAGGGUGACCAUCUUAGCACGAUGUACACGCACGCCCUGUGGGCAACAAUGACCCGAAGAGCUCAUCUUCGAGAGACAAAAUACUUUUCUUGCCACUGCGUACGAUGCUCCGACCCAACGGAAUUGGGCACACACCUGGGCACUUUAAUAUGCCCUCAAGACAACGGUCUCAUUUUACCCAAGGAUCCAUUGGACUUCGAGUCGGAUUGGGGUUGCAAUUCGUGUCCAGGUGUACUCACAGCCUCGGAGGUGAUGCAGUUCACUGGGAAAUUGGAGGAGGACGUCGACGAAGUUAUGAUCCAAGCAAAGAAAAACGCGAUGCUCGAUCUUCUUCAUCGACUUUCAGCACUGUUGCAUCCAGGCCACCAGCAGUGCAUCACCGUCAGUCACUCGUUGAUUCAGAUGCUGCCCGCGAAUGAUCCGAAGAAACCUGAAUUGUGUAAACGUAUCAUAGAAACUACUAAAUUAUUGGACCCGUACGGAGCAAGAUUGGCUUUGUACACGGCUGUUGCCUUGCGAGAAUUGUCCACUUGUCCCGGAGAAGAUGAAAAAAGGCUUCUUUCCGAUGCAGCAUCGUUGCUGCAAUUCGAACCGCCUAACUCACCCGGUGAAAAGCUCAAGGACUUGAUACAGACCGAGCUGUAGUGUCAUCAACAAUGGAAUGCUG